AAUAUCUUUGUAUUUCAAAACAUUGUGUUGUUUAUUUUAAUGAAGGAUAAUGAGAUUUGUGACACAAUGUGAUUUUUUCACAGCGUGUAGCGUGCCAAGCAUUAUUUCAGCAUGAAAUCGCUAACACGCUUGGUAAUAUUGCUGCUAGCUGUUUGCGUCUGUUUUGUAUUCGUUGGCGUGAAUCUUUUGUACUUCAAACCAAAACUGUACAAUGGACUUGGAAGUCAAACUAGUGCCAUGAACUUAGUGUAUGUGAAGCAUAAGCCGUCCACACAGUUUGAAACCAGGGAUGUCAUCAUCUCUAGAAGCACAGAAACCAAAAUUGAAGCAGAUGCCAGUGUUCCACAUCUUUCCAGAGGUUCACUUCGCAAUCGUUGGAGUAGUAGAUUUCACGAAAUUGUGUUAGCUGUUGUCGCAUGUGGAGAUCGUCUAGCUGAAACUCUAGUGGUGAUAAAAUCAGCAAUACUAUUCACUAAAUCACCAUUGAAAUUCAUUGUGGUUGCAGAUGAUCAUCUUAUUCCUAGUUUCAGAGAGAAACUCAAUGAAUGGCAAAAUCUGGUCAAUAACUCAUUUUCAUAUGAAUUACACCAUAUCACAUUCCCCCUGAAGGGAGAUACUAGUGAGUGGAGACGUUUAUUCAAACCUUGUGCAGCUCAAAGAUUAUUUCUGCCUACAGUUCUGAGCCACAUUGAUGCUCUUUUGUAUGUGGAUACAGAUACCUUAUUUCUUGGACCAUUAGAGGAUGUGUGGAGACACUUUGAACUUAUGAAUUCAUCUCAGAUAGCAGCUUUAACUCCUGAACAUGAAGAUCCAAAUACUGGCUGGUACAACAGAUUUGCCAGGCAUCCAUAUUAUGGAAAACUAGGAGUCAACUCUGGUGUUAUGUUAAUGAAUCUUACCAGGAUGCGCACUUUCCGGUGGACAGACUAUGUUGUACCAAUAUAUAAAGAAUACAAACUGAAGAUAACAUGGGGAGAUCAAGACAUUAUAAACAUAAUAUUCCACUUUCACCCAGAUAAACUGUAUGUAUACCCAUGUCGGUAUAAUUAUCGUCCAGAUCACUGUAUGUACAUGAGUGUGUGCCAUAGUGCUGAUAAGGAAGGUGUUGCUGUACUGCAUGGAAGUCGAGGGAGCUUUCACUCUGAGAAACAACCACCUUUCCAUGCACUCUAUACUGCAAUGGAAGAAUAUCAGCUGGGGACAGAUCCUCACACAAAUCUUUAUUUACCCAUUAAGAACUACUUGGAACUAGCGUCAUCAUCAAACUGUGGUAAAGUGAAACACAUAUUCACAAAAUCUCUGCAGAGAUAUUUUCAGAAAAUUGAUUUAAGAUAACAGACGAUGAUUAUCUAGAUGAAACAUUUAAAACUAAUUUUAUGUUUUUAAUCUAGAAUUGUUACCUCUUUUCUGAACAGAUGUUUGAUUCUGUCAGUUGAUGAAGUUCCUUUAGUUGCAAUAUUAUAUUAAUGUCUUUUCGUGUAUACUUUAUAUUUUUAUGUGAUUGUAAAUGUGCAAAAAUUAUGACAGAAAAUUAACCAUUGGUGACAGAGGACUGUGGAUAGUCAUAACUUGUCUGACAACCAUUGACCAAUGAUGGUGCUAGAUUUUGUUGGCAUGAAAAUGUGUGUGUUGAAGGUGGGGGAGGGAUGUAAAUGAAUUCUGUUUCAAAACAAGGACACCAGAUGAAAAACUAGCAUAAAUAAUGUAUAGCUGUAAAACAACUAACACCAAAAAAUUACAUACUAAUACACAUGCUAUACAGUGCUAUUGCAAGAGAGAGUUUUGAGAUGCUAUACUGAACCCUGUAGACUGUACUUUCAGCUCUCAAAACAUGACUUCUCCUCCAUUUUCAAAUCACACAUUUAGUUCACAGCGAUGCUACUGAUAAUGAUUCGUCAGACAAGUUGCAUGUUAUUGCAGUAAUGAGAAUCUCAACUUGUUACUAUUUUGCAUUUGUCAUGCCUUGAGUAGAAGGUAACCCUGUAGGAGGUGCACAUUUUCUCUGCUACUCCUCCUUGUGAAGUUGAUUACAAUUUACAGCAGUAUUUAGCAGUUUUAUAAAGAUUUCUAGCUGGUUAUAUGGUGUGUGAUAGGACUUAAUGAUGUGCCUAAUCCAAAAUUUCUUAGUUCCUAUAAGGUUAACAAGGAAAAAAAUGUGUUCAGAACUAAUUGUGUUGUACAAUUGGAAUAUUUCUCCAGCAUUUUGUAAAGACUAGUUAAAUCUACUGUGCUUCUAAGAAGACACCAGAUGAUAAAUUUUGUAACUUGCUGCAAAAUAUUGUUGUAAAAAGAUUAGAGUUUGUAUGACUUAAAACAAAAAUGUGAGCAAUGAAUAGAACACACUGAAUAGAGUAUUGGAUUACUUUAAAUUUUAAAUUUAUAAGCUGUAUUUUGUGGUUGCAAAUUCAGUUAUUCUGUUGUAAAAGUGACAAGAUAAAGUUGAAAUUUGCCAUUGGCAUUCAUCAUAGUUUAAUGCACAGUAUCUAUUUCAUUAAUAUUGCAGUCAUGCAGUCAUGGUUGUUGUCCGGGGGAGAGGUGGGCAGCAAUUUUCUUCAGUUGCAUUUGUUUGUUAGGAAAGUAUUUUUGCAAGAGUUGAUUGAUUAUGUUAAAGGUACUGUAGUAACAGGUGUUAGUUAUAAUAUGCAGAUAUAGCAUUACUCGUUGCUCUUGUGUUUUCAGUUUCCCUUCUGGAUAUAAGUCAAGUCUUUAUUUUUAUUGGUUAAUUCAUGUUCAUUGUAUGAUAUGGUGCACGAGAGUGUCAGGUCACCCAAAUUUAAGUUGUCAACACUCUCCUUAAAUCAUUUAAGGCCAGUGCCAAGAUGAGUUCUGUUUCCAUCCUUUGUAACCACAGCUUGUGAUUGAUCCCUAAUGAUCAUUCAUCAGUGGAGCAUUCUACCAUAAUAAGUUUUUUUACUUUGCUUCUCAAAAAUUCCAGUUUCAAUUAGAAACUGAGCAUUUUAAAAGUACCAAACCGUGUAAUCGAAUAAGACAAGAAAGCUGCACUACAUUUUUAAAAAAAUCUGUGUAUUGAAUGAUAAUAUGUUGUUUUGUGACUAUAAUAACUGAUAGCCAUGAAGAUGGAAAAUUAUUGGAAAUUCUACAGUGUCUAGAAAUAAUCACUGUAUUAGAACUAUUACGAAAGAAUUGUCAAGCCCAAAUGUUUCCUCCACCUGCUCCCCACUCUAACUCACUUCCAUGUGUCCUAACCAAUGAUAGCACUUUUUUUAAAGGCUUGUCAUGACUUUGCCAUGUGAUGCAUAAAAUUAGCGUUUUCCAUCUUAAAUUUGCUCCACUUCCAUUCUCACAUUGUCUAUUCAGACAGUGAUUAUGCUUGGACAUGUCUUACAGAAAAAAUAAAAUAAUACCAUUUAUGGGCUCUCAGAUAUACCUUAAAAGAACAAAAUGUAUAAUAGUUAGGUUCCUACAUUUUCAGUCAAUAAAUUCCUAUAAUAGUAACAGACUGCUUCAAUACUGAGGUACAGUAUUUGGAAGCUAAGAUAUUCAAUGGACAAAAUUAUACAUAUUGUAUUGCCCCAUCAAACAUACAAUGAGAUGAAUAAACCAUGCCAUUUCUCAAUUAUUAUUAAGUUAUCACUUGAUGUAGCAAAUGUCACAGUGCCAUAUUAUUGUCAUUAAUAUCAUCAAUAUUACUUUUUUCUCAACAUGUUGUAGUUACGUCCACUUUCCUGUAUGUUAAUUUCUGUGAUAAAAUGAAUUUUUGUGUAAACAUACUACAGAAAAAUAUUUUGGCCUUUCUGAAAUGGCAAUAUAGAUGUAAGAGAGAUUUAUGUCAUUGAAAAUAGGGUAAUAUGCUGAAUGAUGUGGCAUUGAUGGUCGUAGAUCUUGCUCAGAGAAAUAGUCCCUGGACAUCAGUUGAAUUAUUUUGGUUUGAAAAUGAAAUAAGGCACAGAUCACCUGACAUAAGUAGUAAUAGGAAACAUUUCCAGUACCUCAGCUAAAUAUAUAUAUAUAUAUAUAUCUCUCUCUCUCUCUCUCUCUCUCUCUCUCUCUCUCUCUCUCUCUCUCUCUCUCUCUCUCUCUCUCUCUUAGUGUGUGUGUGUGUGUGUGUGUGUGUGUGUGUGUGUGUGUGUGUGUGUGUGUGAGAGAGAGAGAGAGAGAGAGAGAGAGAGAGAGAGAGAGAGAGAGAGAGAAAUGCCAAAAUUGUGUCUUGAACUAACACCAAAUGUGGACCCAGUCUAACAUUCAUGAUUCAUUGCCUUUAAAUUAAAAAUUGUAGUUGUGUGGGUGGGGUUUUCCACAUUUACCAGUUGGCUAUGAAUGGAGAGGAAAUCUGAAUUUCAUUACAAUCAUGAAAAUUAUUACCAUAUUUGAGAACAACUGUUGACUUAAGUUGUCAGUCAGAAACCUGUGCAUAAUUUGUACAUAAUCACAGAAAUAAGGUCUCAUUAGCUUCCAGAAAUGUGAAUUCUUAACCCCAAGACCACAGACUUGCGUCAAACGUUUGUGUGUGGCUAUCAGUGCCCAUUGAUGAUGGCUGCUGCUGUGUGUUGUCUUUGUUAAUUCCAUCUCUCCAUGUUCAUCUGCCAACUCUACCAUUAUGCAAUGUCUGAAGACGGUAUUAGUAAACUAACAGGUUCUGUCUGUACAUCAUGUCUGUGACGGUGUGACAUAAUGAGCAUUUGGUUAUGUGAGGUCUCCAGAUAUUGUUUCACAAUUUCUGUUCAUCUUGUGUGUUACUUCUUGCAAAUCUGAUGGUGUGGUGGACCUAAGACUUUGAGGCCUUUUAGAUGAGCAUUAUAAUAUGAAUCUUGAAUCUCAAAAAUACUCAAUAGAAGGCCCUUAUAACUGUGCACAGUUAAUGUGCCAGUGAUUGUAAUAAUUAUUGCUAUGAACUAACCCAUUGAAUUCUAAUGACCCCAUGUCAAUUUGACACACAAUCAGAUGCUUAACUUGAAGUCUCAGUCGAUACACAAUUAAAACCUGCUUCAAAAACGUCGUAAAACUGCAUAGUGAAUAACUGAAGAGAAGAUUUGUUUCAGAAAAAGUGUGUGUGUGUGUGUGUGUGUGUGUGUGUGUGUGUGUGUGUGUGUGUGUGUGUGUUUGUGUGUGUUUGUUUGUUUACAGAGCACCAUAUUUUUAAGAGAGAGUUGUUAAAGAAAAUAUUUUGAAAAGUUUUAAACUUAGAUGCAUGUAAAAACCAAAAAUUGCAGGUUUUUCCCGUAGAUAUUAGAUUGUAUUGAUCACCACCAUGGACACCGUCAAAUAGUCAUAGUAGUAUUAGUAAUAGCAAUACUAGUAAUAGUUUCUUGGUCAUUAAUAUAAGCACAUAUUAGUGCACUGCUCAUAAAUAAUGUACCUGAUGGUUAAUGGAAACAAAGUAUUUACAUAGUGAUCAAUAUCCAGGCACUGGCUCAUUUUUUGAAAAAAAACAUACUUAAAAGUAUUUAUAUUCACCUGAAAUAUUGCGUGAAAUUAGCAGAAUACUGUAAAACUCAAAUAACAAAAUAUAAUUAGGAGAUUAAUAACAAAGUGCUGUCCUAUAGUUUGGCAAUCUUUCUCCUAUGGAGCGUUUUAAUUUAUGGCCUGCUAUAACUGCAUAAUGAACUUCAGUUCAGCUAAUCAGUUUAAAAGUGAAUCCCUUUCUAAAUUGUUCAGGUCUUCAAGCAUUUUUCUGGUUGAACAUUCUAGUUUUUCAUGGAUUUUUAAACUGUUUCUGGUAGACACAAAAAUGAAAAUGGGGAAAAAGUAAGCUUUCUUAAACUGAUCUUGCCCAUUCCUGCUCCUAUUUUCUUCCUAAUGGGCUCUAAUGACAUACAUAAGACAUUGAACUGUGAUUGUAGUUUGCAUUUUGAAAUUCAUCUGGCAGUUAAAAAUAAGAGCAAACAAAUAUAUUUGCAGGUCAUCACUUUAAGAUACUAUGAAGGAUUUGAUACUAUAGUGAAUACUAAACCAAAUGAGAAGAUGCUGUGCAACAUCAGUUCCCAACUUUUAAGCAGUGAAAAGUAGUGAGUUAGCCUAUAGUUGACUUUUUGGAAAUGACUGUCAGAACCAGAAUUAUAGACUGUUAUUAAGAGAAUUACAAAACAUGUGGCUUACCAAGAUAACUUCAUGGAAUCAAAAGCAUUUUUAAAAUUCUCAUUAAAAAUUGUGAACAUUCAGAAUCUGAAGUUCUUGAAGUUUCACCACUGACCACUCGUAGCUGCAGUCAUAUGUGAUAAAUUCUCAUCUCAUCUGAGCUAGUACUAUCAGAGUUCAAAAUCCAUUAACCAGUUCAUUCACAAAGGCUUUAGUCUACAAUUCUCUUACUUUAUGUUGAGCAACUUUGUACCUGAUCUAACGCCUUGUCAGGCCUUCGUGCACCGUUUAUUACACCCACUGACUCAUGUGACUAGCACAUAACUUACUCCAUGUAAGCUCUGGCUUCAUUGACUAAUACAGCUUUUCUAUUGGAAGGGAUGAAUUUUCAGUUAUAUGUAACUUUUUUUUACCUAACAUUCUGAAAUAUUAACUACAUCCUUCACCUUUGCAUACUUUCUCCUUGAUAUACUUUUUUCCACAACUGUAGCAGAAACUGAUAAUGAAAAAAGCUGCCUAGAUGAAGUUUUAGUAACUGUUAUGAGUGGCUUCGACCAUAUUGGGCCAUCCUCAAAUGUAACACUAAAAUACAGGACUGUUACUACCAGUGAUGUCAUCUGAUGUGUGGUGUAGCAGUAGACCUGUGUUCUGGUGUUAUAUAUGAAGAUGACCCAUAUAACAUGAUUUUGACUGUAUUCUUUGCUAAGUAAUGAAACUAGAUCACUUAUUUCUUAUGUGAUAAAAUGCUGUCUUUCUACAGCAGACAUAUUGCUGUUUCCAGCAAUUAAAGAUGCAAUGACUACCUUUGAGGUAUUAUCUACAGUUUUUAUUUUAAAACACCAACUAUGUUUUCAGUAUUGUUAGUAAUGGUAAAUUUGGAAGUGUGUCAUUCAUAACUAUUCUUCAAUAAAUCUUCUACUGCAGAUACCUCUGUUGAUCUCAUCUGUAUCAAAUUAAGCCACAGCCCAAAAUAUAAACUAUUUAGUAAAAGAGUAGGUAUUUUUCUAUUUUCAUGUGGUCUGUGCAAAUUGGAGUCUGCUCUAUUAUUAUAGUAGAAUUUGUGUGAUUUUAUAUUUACUUGCAAUGAUUGCUGCCACUGGACAAGGAAUGUGUCGCAGUGUAGAUACAAAUUUGAAGUAAAGUGAUUUUGUGAAAUAAUAAUUUGCAACAAGUUUGCAAUCACGCAUAUAACCUGUUGGUGAGUUGAUGCUUCCAGAAUAUGAACUAAGACAGAAAUAGCAGAACACAACAGUAGCAAUGGUCAAUUAUUUUGGAUGUUUUGGCUAUGUAGUAGCACUGAGCACAACCUUCAGACAAUAUUAUUCUACUUAACUCUGUAUUCAAUUCAAUUGUUUCAGCACAGCUGUUUUUAAAAUUUUCUGGCGUGUUAUUGGGAUUUCAAGCCUUUCCUUUAGAUAAGCAUUUAGUACGGAUAUUGUGUGUGCAUAUUCAUAAUUACAUCAAACAAAUUUAUGACUGUACAGACAGAUUCUUAUUGCAGGUGAAGUGAGUGUCUUCAUAACUUAGUGGUUCAUAUGACAGGUUGGCUUUUAAUAACAGAUUUUAAUUACUGCCUCAGAUAAAUCUUUUUUUUAUUUUCUUCGUAUAAUAAUUUGUUUAAUUUGAAAAGAAACGAAAAGUGGUCACUGCCUUUGAAUAUUUUGAAUGCUCAAGAGGCCACAACAUGUGACAUUUAAUUAUAUCAUAAGACCUGCAAUGGGAAGUUAGUGUAUGUUCUAAAAACUGAGGGAUAUGCUUAAAUUUUUAUAGUAGGUAAGUGUCUAGGCAUGGGUCGUUCACUUGCAGAGCCCUCCCAUGCACCUACUUCUAUUUAUUCAGUUAUUUCUAGAAAAUAACAUUGUAUUCCGUUUACUUGAUAAGGUUUAUAAUAAUUCCAAGGAAAUUUUUUGCCACAUAUGUUAAAUGUAAAUCGGAAAACUGUUAUAUUUCAUCUCAUUUCUUUCAAUGCUGUACAAGAUUUUAACUCUGGCUGUGAUUUAUCCUGGCCAGUUUUUUUGCUGUUAAGUAUAUAUAAAAGCCCUUUCACAUGUAUAGGGGAAGAUAAGGGAUACUGUGCCCUAUUCUGGAAUUAACUACAUCUAUAUUGGAAAUUACUACACUCAUAACUGUCACAUUGUUAAUCACCAUGGCCUCUCAACUGUGUAGACUUUUGUCUGUAUCCUCACCAAAUUCACGACAGCUGCUUGUCGAAAGUGGCUUAUAAAUAUUUCGUAUCUAUUAUCAGAGGACAAGAAAAUGUGAGAUCUGUAGCACUAGUAAUCAUCCUAAUGAAAAACUAUUUUCUCAAUGCUCUGGAAAGAUGACAUGUACUUCAUGCUUCGAUAAAUUGUGACUCAAACUUUGAUUGCCUGUCUUCAGUUCAGUGCAACUCAUAACAUGGUUCAUUUUCUUCCCUCUAUCAGUAAGUUACUGGUUUAUGUCAGUCGUUUAAUCUUUUUUCCUAAUCGUUUAGUACUUCAGAAAAUGCUAUUUCAAUGUCUGACCAAUUACACCUUUCAAAUUGAAAGCAGUCUGUGCCUGAAGUCAGUGCUAUCUAUUCUGAAAAGUGUAGCAAUGAAAGAUGUGAAUUAGUUGCUUAAAUUAUUAGUGUUCAGAAAAAAAAUCCUUUCACUGUGCCUUCCUUUUUGCUCUUCCAAACACCUGUAUAGUAAAUAUUACGUAUCAAAUAUAUGCAGGGAUCACUAACACAGUUUUUACUGACUGAGAAACUUGAAGCAACAAAUUACAUUUUAGUGAAUAUCAUACAAAACUUUGUCUGUGUAUUGAUGAAGAGAUUGUUGAAGCACAAAUCUGUUUGCUAUUUGUACAUGUUGAUGUAUCUGUCUGUAACAUACUCUGUUUCAAGGAAUGUCAAAGGUAAUAUAUUUCAAAUAAAAGAUAAAUUAGCACAAUACAAAAA